GCUGUCCACCCACUGCGCUGACCACAGCAAAACAGCUCCAAACAGCUCCAAACAGCUCCAAACUCUGUUCACCAUUCUUCUUCACCCAUGUAAGAAACUUUUGGACUUCAUCAUCUUAGAAUAGCUGAAAGUGUCAAAACUUCACUGAUUAACUCAGCACACAGGAAGCCACCAUACGAAAGAUGAUGAACUGGAUUCUAUUGCUUGUGAUGACCUCCUUCAUAGAAGUCUCUGAGUCUGAGAGAGUAAUGGAAUAUUUCAGUCCGAGGAGCUGCAAAGAACUCAUGGAAAAAUAUAAAACCAAGGAAGAUGGUCUUUACUACCUGACUACUGCGAGUGGGGUGGUCUACGAGACCUACUGUGAUAUGACCACUGCUGGAGGUGGCUGGACGCUGGUGGCCAGUGUGCAUGAGAACAACAUGUAUGGAAAAUGCACUGUAGGUGACCGCUGGUCUAGCCAGCAAGGUAGUGACCCAAACGUACCUGAUGGAGAUGGAAACUGGGCUAAUAGAGUCACAUUUGGAACUGCAGAAGCUGCUACCAGUGACGACUACAAGAAUCCUGGUUACUACGACAUCACGGCGCAGGAUGUGUCUGUUUGGCAUGUUCCUAAUAAUGAACAGCUGGACCGCUGGACCCAAAGCUCAUUUCUGCGCUACCACACCGAGACCAACUUCCUCAAUGACUAUGGAGGAAACCUCUUUCAGCUCUUCACGCGUUACCCUGUGAGGUACAACGCAGGAUCAUGUCCUUCAAACAACGGUCCCUCUAUUCCAGUGGUGUAUGAUGUUGGAGAUGCUACAUCCAACGUUAACUUGUAUGGACCACAUAUUAGAGGGACCGCAGAAGCUGGCUUCAUCACUUUCAGAGUGUUGAACAAUGAAAAGGCUGCCAUGGCCAUCUGCUCAGGCAUUAAACCCAACACCUGCCACUCAGAACACGCCUGUGUGGGAGGUGGAGGACAUUUCCCUGAGGCAGCUCCGAGGCAGUGUGGGGACUUUGCCAGCAUGGACUGGGAUGGUUAUGGAACCCACGCUGGCUGGAGUGCGUCCAAGCAGCUGACUGAGGCAGCGAUCCUGAUCUUCUACCGCUAAGAUCUGCGCUUCAGUCACAACGAGGACGAACACAAGAUUUACUAACCUGCUUUCGUCAUCAUUCUUUACUCAUAUUUCCAACACUUUAGGGCAGGGGUGUCCAGACCUCUUUCAAAGAGGGCCAGAUCAUAUCGUGGCGAAACACCUGAAGGCCGAAAUCUUAUUGAGUGAUUAAGGUUUCAAAAUAUCAGCACACAGAAUCAGAACGUCAUGUGAUCAACCACGUUUCCUAUCGCUGCGUAAAAGAGGCACAGGGCUCCAUUUACUGUUGGAUCAGUAAGCGCUUCUAACAAAUAAUCAAAUUGUUUGAGUAACAACAAAACAUGUCUAAUGUAUUAAGUAUGUUCCUAUUCAAGUGUUUACUUGUUUAAAGUGUUGACAUGUUCUUUACAUGUCAAAUAAAUGCAGCUACAGCAUUCAGAAAUCACUUCAUUAAAUGAGAACAGCAGAUUAAACAGCAUAAAUUGUAUUAAUAAUGUUUUUCUUCAACUUGGACUAAGGCCCAAUCCCAUUUCACCCCUCUUCCCUACCACUUAGCCCAUGUCUAGGGGUAGGGCGUCCCACUGAUUGUUGAGAUAUAAGUGUUAGGGCUACAUGGCCUUCCAAAUGGAGGUUUUUCAGAGUCUUAUGAGAGUGAAAAAA